CUACAAUUCAAGGAAAUCUUUAAUCUACAGCAUGUGCGUUGCGUUACGUUGGGAGAAUAGUGAAUUGUGAAUGGUAUAUAUAUUAUAUAUAUAUAUAUAUAUUAUUACAUGGUCAAAAUUCUUCAAGCACUUGGUAUGUAUAAAUAAAGACCACACCGAGGAAGGCUUAACCAGGCAAAAGGAUCCAAAUUCUUCAUCUUCUCCACUCUCUCUUUUAUGGCUCCAAACAAGCUCAAUUCCCCGGGAAAUACAAGUACGUCAUGUUCGCAGGCUGAGAAUGGUUUUGUCAAUUCCUUUUCUCUCUUCCCUGAGAAAGCAGUGCAAGAGCUUCUUCAAUCUCCAGUCCAGGGGUCGGAUGACCAUCUUAUAGAGUUCUCUGAAGCUUUAAGAACUGUUGCGAAGGCUCUCAGGCAGGUUGCCGAAGGGAAAGCUUCUGCUCAAGCUGAGGCUGCUGAAUGGAAACGUAAAUUUGAAUUGGAGAGGGCACGGAAUCUGAAGUUUGAACAUGCAGAGAAAUCAUGUCUUGACCAUCAGGCUGAUCUUGAUGACACGAGGACAGAUAACCCAGCCAAACAACCUACAUCAUGCAAUGAGGCUAAUGGGCAAUCUGAAAAAUGUUGUUCGAGGAAUGGUAUUUGCUCCCAUGAGGUUCUUAGGGAUGGAGCACCUGAUUCCGAUUCCAAGAUGAUCAAAAAGGCUUCAUUUAAACUUUCAUGGUUCUGCAAAGGUGAGCAAAGUGAUCAGUACAAACAUGACAUUGUCUCUUUUGAAAGAGGAAAUAUAACCACUGCAGAGCGCAGUAGUAAGCAGAUCUCUUUGAAGUGGGAGUCAUGCCCACAGACAGUGCUCAUAUUGACCAAACCAAAUUCAGUUUCAGUUCAAAUUUUGUGUGCUGAAAUGAUUAGAUGGUUGAGGCAGCGAAAGAAACUACACAUCUAUGUGGAACCACGUGUCAGGGUGGAGCUUUUGACAGAAUCAUCAUACUUUAAUUUUGUAGAAACUUGGAAUAAUGAUAAGGAAGUUUUGAUGCUGCACGAUAAAGUUGACCUCGUGGUAACUCUUGGUGGAGAUGGCACUGUCCUAUGGGCAGCAUCUAUGUUCAAAGGGCCAGUCCCUCCUAUUGUCCCCUUUUCUUUAGGGUCUCUGGGCUUUAUGACCCCUUUCUAUAGUGAACAUUACAAAGAAUGCCUUGAAUCAAUUUUAAAGGGUCCCAUUAGUAUCACAUUACGGCACCGUCUGCUAUGUCAUGUUAUACGAGAUGCAGCUAAAAAUGAAUAUGAAACUGAAGAACCAAUGCUUGUGCUAAAUGAGGUUACAAUUGAUCGUGGAAUAUCUUCUUUCCUCACAAAUUUGGAAUGCUACUGUGACAACUCCUUUGUCACAUGUGUGCAAGGGGAUGGAUUAAUCUUAUCUACAACAUCGGGCAGUACAGCAUAUUCUUUAGCAGCUGGAGGAUCAAUGGUCCAUCCGCAGGUUCCAGGUAUUUUAUUCACACCAAUUUGCCCACAUUCUCUAUCAUUUAGGCCAUUGAUAUUUCCGGAACAUGUGACAUUGCGGGUGCAAGUACCAUUCAACAGCAGAAGCCCUGCAUGGGCAUCAUUUGAUGGCAAGGACAGGAAGCAGUUAGCACCUGGAGAUGCACUUGUCUGUAGCAUUGCUCCAUGGCCUGUUCCCACAGCUUGUUUGGUUGAUUCUACCAAUGACUUCUUGCGCAGUAUUCAUGAAGGCCUCCAUUGGAAUUUGAGAAAGACACAAUCAUUUGAUGGCCCCCGGGAUACAUGACAUGCCAUUAUCCUUCAUUCUUAGUAAGCCUGUAGAGCAACUAUAGUUGGAAACUGAUUAGUCCUUUUUCAAGAUAAAAAACAGUGUUACAGAAAAUCUAGAAGCAGCUUAAUAUUUAAUGUAAUUGUAUUCCUUUAUCAGUAGGCACAUGUAGUUAUAAUUUAGAGUAAAUUAUACUUUCUCUGUUGAGAUGCUUAAAUUACACCCUUUUCCUCCCUUAUUUUUAAAUGUACACUCUCCUCGUGGAAGAGAUGAAUAUGCAUUAUACUUUAGUUCAUUUCAAUAAAAUAUUUAAAUAAUUUAUCUA